AUGUGGCUGACAGAGGCUCAGACUUUGGGUAAUAUUUUGUUCUUAAUUGGGGUAUUUUUAAUUAUUGGUUCACAAAAGACAUACAUAUUCUUUACAAGACCGAAUAAAAGACGUGGCUCGCUCUUCUUCCUAGUCGGGGCCUUUAUGAUUUUGAUAAAAUGGACAUUUUUGGGCUUUAUAAUCGAAUCACUGGGUAUUGUGAAUCUUUUUGGUGAUUUCUUCGGGGUUAUCGUACAAUUUUUAAGGUCGAUGCCGAUCAUUGGUCCAUUUCUUUCUCACCCUGCUGUUUCUCCAAUAGUAGAUAGAUUAGCAGGUGUGAGAGUUCUGCCAGUGUAA